UCUUUCCGGGAAGGUCGGGGUCGCACCGCGCGCAUGCGCAGUGGGGCAGCGAGCCGGUGGUUGCCUGGGGAGGGGCCAGGCCAAGGAUGGCGGAGGGGGGCUCGGGUGACACCGGCUCGCCGGGCAGCCUGCGCCCGGGGCUCCCCGGGGCACGGGGGCUGCUCGGAAGGCGCCCAGCCGCCCCCCCCCUCACCCCCGGGCGCCUGCCCUCCAUCCGCUCCCGAGACCUCACCCUGGGAGGCGUCAAGAAGAAAACCUUCACCCCCAACAUAAUUAGCAGGAAGAUCAAGGAAGAGCCCAGAGAGGAUGUCUCCGUCAAGAAGGAGAAGAAGGAGCGGGACCGGGACCGACAGCGCGAUGGGCACGGCCGGGGCCGGGGCCGACCCGAGGUUAUCCAGUCCCACUCCAUCUUUGAGCAGGGCCCUGCUGAAAUGAUGAAGAAGAAGGCAGGCUCCUGGGACAAGACAGUGGACAUGUCCGACUUUGGCCCUUCCCACAUCAUCAACAUCAAGAAAGAGAAGAGAGAGACAGAUGAGGAGACGAAGCAGAUCCUGCGGAUGCUGCAGAAAGACGAUUUCCUCGAUGACCCGGGGCUGAAGAACGACAUCCGUAACAAGCCGGUGCAGCUGCCGCUGGCCCACUCGGGCUGGCUUUUCAAGGAGGAGGCGGCGGAGCAGGAGGAUGCCCAGCCCUGGCUGCCCGGCCCCAAGGAGGAGAAGAUGGAGCUGGACCCACCAGCGGUGAAAGUGAAAGAAGAACCGUGCGACGAGGACCCCCCGCCCAAGCCAACGCAAGCCAAAGGACCCCCCGGGUUCCCCCAGGACGUCUCGGUGGCUGAGCUGCUGCAGCGGCUGAGCCUGUCGGCCGAGGAGGAGCUGCUCUUCCUGCAGCUGCCCGACACGCUGCCCGGCCAGCCGCCCACCCAGGACACCAAACCCAUCAAGACGGAGCUGCAAAACGAGGAAGGGCAAGUGGUUGUGGUGAAGCAGGAGAAGAGUCAGGAGGCGAAGCAGGCAGAGAAUACCUGCACCCUGGCCGACCUCCCCGAGGGGCAGGUGGGGAAACUGCUCAUCCGCAAGUCGGGGAAGGUGCAGCUGGUGCUGGGCAAGGUGACCCUGGACGUGACCAUGGGGACCCCCUGCUCCUUUCUACAGGAGCUGGUGUCUGUCGGCAUCGGGGACAACCGGACGGGCGAGAUGAUUGUCCUGGGCCACGUGAAGCACAAGCUGGUGUGUUCCCCGGACUUCGAGGCUCUGCUGGAGCACCGGCACCGGUAGCCCGGGGGGGCCCAGCCUCGCACCCACAGCCCGUGGGGACGGUCCCUGUGCAGCUUGGGGGCCCUGCAGUGCCCCGGCUCUGCCCUUGCCCCCUCCAGCCUUGCCUUGGGGACAUGGAGAGGUGUCUGGUGCAGCUGUG